AUGCGGUUCAAGGCCUCUAUACAGAAUAUCACAACAUUCACGAAACUGACCGCGUCACUUGCAUCGCUUGGACCUAUUGCAUGGGUACGGCUCAAUGAGACUGAAGUCCGCUUCACGGUUAUACCAGAGCAAGGGACGCAAGUGUGGGCCGUAUUGUCGAUCAACGCCAUAUUCGACGACCAGUACAGCAUUCAGUCAGCGGCUGACAAUGUCAUCAACCUCGAGGUUCCCCUUAAUUCGCUCCAGCGCGCACUGAAGUCAGCUUCACAAGCUACUGCUGCACACAUCCGCUUGACCAAGAAAGAUGGCCUUCCACUCCUGGCUUUGACAAUCACCACAAGUACACUCAGCAGCACACCUCAUCCGACGUGGGGCACAGCUCGUCAACAGACUGGUUUUGAUGAGAGUGAAAGCACAAUAGGGGAGUUCGGCGGUGGAAGAGAACGUGAAACGGUCGUCACGCAAGAGAUUCCGGUGCGUGUGCUCAGCCCACACCAGGUCGAUGGCCUACACGAACCGCGGUGUCGAGAACCUGAUGUGCACAUUAUGCUGCCAUCUCUUCUACAGCUCAAGGGCAUAUCGGACAGAUUCACGAGGCUAGCUUCAGGGGCGAAGGCAGUGGCAGCACCCAAGUUGGAAAUGGCCGCGAAUAUGCACGGGUGUUUACGUCUCAGAAUAAAUACAGAUGCGAUGAACAUUUCGAGCGUUUGGACAGGUCUAUCAAAUCCUGAGCUUGAUCCUAGUCAAGUUGAGGGUGGCGAGGAAGGUGUACUUGAGCAUCCGAGUACCAAGAUGAAGAGGUUGGGAUCUGCAGAUGGCAAGACCGAAGAAGGCUGGGCCAAAGUACGAAUAGACGGCAAAGAUUGGGGUAAAGUUAUGUCGGUGGGACGUCUCGGGGGAAGAGUAAUAGCUUGCUUUUGCGACGACCAUGCGCUAAUCCUAUACGUGUAUCUCUCUGCAGAAGAGGAAGAAGGACGAGAUGAGUCGGUUUUGACGGUAUCUUCUCCAUUCAAUCUUCGAGGAGUUGCUUGCUAA